CUUGCGCUCGCGUCUCGUCGCCAUGGCAACAUCAGCUCUCACUUCCUAAACAAAGCCGAUAAGAGAAAAGACUUUGCAGCAGCAAACCACGUUGGGUUCAUAGCUGACGACAGUUAAUUUAUAGGAUUUGUGGAUUAAGUUCCCUGGAGUUUAACCACAGAAAGUUAUUGAUUUUAAGAGGCUCUUCAUGUCAUCUCCCCAUAGUCUACUGCUCGGAGAUCAAGUGUAAAACCGACCUGCUGUCAUGUGUUGAUAAGAGAAAUCUAUCCUGUGAGAUUUUUGCACACUCAGUCAUUAUGGUCCGUCUAACAGUGCAUCUGAUCGCAAAAUCAAACAGUUUCUCAAAAGCCUGCAGAAGCGAAUCUCUCCAGCAGUAUCUGAAGAAGCUGACCCAUCUCAACUUCUCAAACAGAAGUAUAGAAGACAUUGAUGAUCUAUCAAUGUGCAGAAACCUCACAGUCCUCUAUCUAUAUGACAACCAAAUAUCACAAAUCUGCAAUUUGGGAUUCGCCUCAAACCUUACACACUUAUAUAUGCAAAAUAACAACAUCUCUUGCAUAGAGAACCUCUCAUCUCUCCAUAAGCUCUCCAAACUUUUCUUGGGAGGUAACAGCAUCACUGUGGUGGAGGGAUUAGAUGAACUGAAAAGCCUGAAGGAGCUGCAUGUGGAAGGUCAGAAACUACCCUGUGGAGAAAAGCUGGUCUUUGACCCCCGUUCCAUUUGUAGCCUCUCUGAAACUCUGUGCAUUCUGAAUAUCAGCAAAAAUAACAUUGAUGAAAUAUGGGAGUUGGCCCCUCUCCGAAAACUGACCCAUCUUUACGCUACUGAUAACCAGCUACAGGACAUACUGGAAUUAGAGACGGUGUUCAGCCAGUGGUCUCAACUGCGGCUACUGGAUCUGAAUAGAAAUCCUGUGUCUCACAAACCUAAAUACAGGGACAGACUAAUAACUGCCUGCAAAAUUCUAGAGGAUCUUGAUGGAAAACAAAUAAACGAACUGUCUAGGCAGUUUCUAAUCAACUGGAAAGCCUCUAAAGAUGCAAAGAAGAAAUUAGAUGAUGGAGAAAACAUCAAAGAACAAAUCACGAAUCAACUUACAACUGACUUUCGCGUGGGCCCCGAACAUCCCUUUGCCCAUGACCGCAGCAGCUCUCUGAGUAAGCCGUCAGAAUAUGGGAAGCCUGGCGUCACAUUUCGGACAGAUCAAGUACAAGGAGACAGCAGAGGAAGAAGGUCAAGAGGGAUGUAUAUUCCUGUGAGGACAGGCAGACUCUGAAAAUCUGAAACUACUGAUUAAAAAACUUUUAUCAGUGUC